AGUGUGAAGUGCCAAGUGGGGUAUCUUUUCCUAAGACAUCUUUUUACUGAUUUUAGAUAAUUUCUUGGUGAUUAUGGAUUCAAAUUACUUUUUCUUAGCUAAAUCAUGGCAUCGAUCUAUAUUUGGACAUUUCAAAUGAGCUGAUCGCCAUUCAAUACAUUAUAAAUGGAGAAUCUUUGAAUAAAUUAAUAUGAUGAAAGACGUCUUCAUCUUGCCUAGCUUGUCAUACAUACGGCGGGGUGCUCAUGGGCCAAUGACACGAGCUUUCUUAAUAUUCUGACGGACUGUUUUUUCACUUUCUGACAGAUUUGUUCCUCUGAAUUUGAAGUGAUAACAUUGACUAAAUCCGAAUGUUGAGAAAUCAUACUGUUGUUGAUAGUAGCACUAAUCUGGAUUGAAAUAUGAGCUUGUUGAAAGCAGCGGCUGCGACGCCUCUUCUGAAUAGCGUACGUUCCCUGAAGUGGUCGGUGAAGUUGCGGCAGAAAUGUCGACGAAUGUGUGGAUGCUAUACUCCUCGUCCGCAUCGAACAUGGAGAAUAAUUAGUCUAUUCAUCCUACUGUUAAUUGGUGUACACAUAGUAUCUGGUGCAAAGCCUAUUAACCUCUACUGUUCUGCUCUGGGGAAUUUCAUUGAGAGGUAUAUCCUUCCAAGUAAUCAGUUUUGUACUGCAGUGCCAGACUCAGAGAACUCUCUUCUUAUGCAAGAUGGUCUUCCUAGGUUCCAAUCGUUCCAUGCAAGUCACGUAGGUCCUGGGAUGCAGAAGCUAGUCCAAAACUUUGAGAAGACUAUUGAAGAAAUCGAAGACACAUAUAAAGGCUAUACCAUCAGUGAUAUGACAUGGUCCAAGGUAUCUGACCCAUUAGAAAGACUAGGUGCCCCUCUGGAGUAUGGCUGGGGUAUGGUGUCGCAUCUCAACGGAGUCAAGAACAAUCAGGAGCUUAGAGAAGCAUAUCAACAAGCUCAACCAGCUGUUGUCAUGGUAUCUACUAAACUUGCUCAAAGUGAAGUUAUCUAUAAUGCCAUGAAGGAGUUAUUACAGCAUGCUGAUAGCUUGAAGUUGGACACCCCUCAGCAGAGAAUAUUACAAUCGGCAGUCAGAGAAUCAAGACAGGGAGGGGUUGAGCUGACAGGCAAAGACAAAGAGACGUUUAAUCAGAUCAGGCUGCAGUUAGCAAAGUUGAGCAAUGACUUCAGCAACAAUGUUCUUGAUGCAACCAAGGCAUUCAGCUUAGAGCUCAAUAAUGAGAAUGAUGUAGAAGGAUUACCGGCAUCCCUCAAACAGCUCAUGGCUGCCUCAGCUUCACAAGGAUCUAAGCAAGUAGAUCCAGAUAAAGGACCCUGGAAGUUGACCCUUGACCUUCCCUGCUUUGAGCCGUUUAUGAAACACAGCAGACGUCGUGACCUGAGAGAGACGGUGUAUAGGGCUUAUAUUACAAGAGCUUCUCAGGAAGGUCAUAACAAUAGUGGCAUCAUAGAAGAAAUAAGAAAACUAAGAAGAGAGAUCUCUGGAUUACUUGGUUACAAGGAUUUUGCUGCCCUCUCCUUGGAAUCUAAAAUGGCUGGCCAAGCAGAGAAUGUAUGGAAACUCAUCCAUAACUUGAGAGACAGGAGCAAGGUAGCAGCGAAAAGGGAGUUGUCUGAGCUACAAUCUUUUGCAUCCUCUAAUGGUUUCCAUGGUGAUUUGAGUCUAUGGGAUCUCUCAUACUGGGCUGAGAGGCAGAGAGAACAUCUAUUCAGCUUCAAUGAUGAGGAUUUGAGGCCGUAUUUUCCACUUUCAAAGGUGUUAGAUGGGCUCUUCAAUCUUACUUCAUUCCUCUUCUCUGUUCAAAUAAAGCCUGCGGCUGAUGAUGAAGUUGAUAAAUGGCAUGAUGAUGUGCAAUUCUACAAGAUAUUUAGUAACAAAGGGGAGCACAUAGCAUCGUUCUAUUUGGAUCCAUACUCUAGACCUGCAGAAAAGAGGGGAGGGGCUUGGAUGGACCAAUGCCAAGGCAAGAGCCAGCUGCUAGGAACAAAGCCUGUAGCUUACCUCAUAUGUAACCAAACUCCGCCUCAAAAAGACAAGCCUUCAUUGAUGACAUUCAGAGAGGUUGAAACACUCUUCCAUGAGUUUGGACACGGUCUUCAGCACAUGUUGACCCAGGUGCCCUAUUCAUCAGCUGCAGGAAUCAACAACGUCGAGUGGGAUGCCGUGGAGCUACCAUCACAGUUCAUGGAGAACUGGCUCUAUGACCCACAGACCAUUGGCGUAGUCAGCAGUCAUUACCAGACGGGAGAUAGAUUACCGGAUACUCUCUUUCAACAAGUCCUCAAAGCUCGUAAGUACAUGGCAGGUUCAGCAAUGCUGAGGCAGCUCUACUUUUCAGCCCUGGAUCUCGAGCUUCAUACAAGUGACAAUCCUUGGCUUGAUGUGAUGUCUAGAAUAGCUGAUGAAUACACCAUCAUCAAACCUCUACAGGAGGAUCGUUUUCCAUGUUCCUUCCAGCAUAUAUUCUCAUCUGGAUAUGCAGCGGGGUACUACUCUUAUAAAUGGGCUGAGGUCAUGGCAGCUGAUGCAUUUAGUGCCUUUGAAGAUGUUGGCCUGAGUAACAGAGAAGAGCUAGCGAAAGUAGGAACAAGAUUCCGGAAUACUGUUCUUGGAAUGGGAGGUGGCGCUCAUCCUAGCGAUGUCUUCAGGGAGUUCAGAGGUCGUGAUGCAGAGGUCAAACCACUCCUAAAAUCAUAUGGACUGGAUUGAGCUUAGGAACAUUGUAUUCGACAGAUGUUAUAAGCUACUGGAAAUCCUUGCGUGUGAUUGGCUGAGAGAAAUUGGUCAGAGCAAAUCAUGUGAACUUGAUUGGGAACAAGACCAUUCGCAGAACUGUUUUGUCAGUGAUCUUCACCGACAGAUGUCAUAGGCUGCUUUGAAUCCUUGCAUCUGAUGGGCUGAAAGUAACUUUGAAGAAAAAUCAUAUGGAAUUAGUACACUGAUGGAGGAUAAGAGUGUUUCAUGAAUUUUUUGUCAGUGAUUUUUCACCAACAGAUGUUAUAAGCUACUAAAAAUUCUUGCAUCUGAUUUUGCUGAGAGCAAAAAGUCAGAACUUCACUGACAAAUUUUUCAUGAAAUGCUCUCAAGGAGCAUGUGAAAAUGAACUAUCAAUCUAGAAGAUUGCAAUCAAAGGGAGGUGUCCAGGUGCUUUACUUAUUUCUGUGAAAUGUGAUGUUGGGUGGAAACACCAGUCAUUAAGUGUGUACACACACAUUCACUGCAAUGUGUAUGGAUAAUAUAAAAUCCAAACAGAAUGUUCCAAAAUCAUGAAUGUUUUUUUAAUCGAUGGCUUCAUGCAUUGGUUAUGCUUAAUUCAGCCUGAAUAUUGACAGAGCCUCAAAUAACAAAUGCGUUUUUUUUUUCUUCACAAGAUGCUAUAAAUAUAAACUUAUUAUUGGUAAAGAUUACAACAUGACUGAGCCCACUUAUUUUAAUAAAUUAAUUCACUGUUAGUUGAUUUACAUGAACAGUUGGCUCAUUGAUACAGUAACGUUAGUUACAGGUGUAAAUUCUUUGCUUUGUGCUAAAAGCACACAUUCCUUUGGACGCUUUCUGAAUUUAGUGUAAUCAGUGCAUCAUAUCUGCAUAAAGCGUCGCUUCAAAGUUCAAGCCACAAAUUGGAAACCACCUAUAUGAAUUGAGGCCAAGAAGUGACACGUACUUUAUCGUAAUGCCUUGAUAGCUAAUAGAUUGUAACUCGAUUUCAUACAAGAGUGGUGAACUACAGGGAAUUUACAAUCAUUCUAGUCUCUGCAGGCAGAGCAUGGAAUUAUGGUAAAUGGCAAAUCGUGGUGAUUUUUAAAUCUGAUUGCUAGGAAAGCAUGAAUGCUUGUAAGCAAGCAACCAGAAGUCCGACAGCUUAAGGUUCUUUCCAAGGGACCUGGUAAUGAGGAUUAAUGCCUUACCAAAGGGCACAAGCGCACCAACUGGUAAUUGAACCCGGGUCACUGGAUUCCAAAACUCCCGCUCUACCGACUGAGCUAUCGUGCCUCCUCGAUUAUUUAUCUACACAGAGAUUGCCUUUUUUUCAGUUGCGGAUUCUUUUAUUGGUGAAUGAAACGUAAGGGGAAAGAAGCUGAAGUUUAUUAAAAUUAAUUAUUGAAAGUCUUUUUCAUCUUGUCAGAGAAACAUUGAUGCUUUUGACUGAUGCUUUUGAAAUCAGUCAUAUUGUCAAGAUGUAUAUGACUGGAUAGUGCUAUUCAUAUUUUCUUUUUUUCUAUUAAGCAAGAUUUUGAUGAUGCAUUUAAAUUUAUGUACAGGGGUUAAUCUUCAUAAGACUUGGGAUUUUGUAUGUAUGGAUAUAUUGAAAAGAGGUUGUGUGCCUGUUUAUUGAUAUCAGAUGUACAAAAACUAAAUCUUGAAGAAGCAAUAGCCUUUAUUCUGUCCAAUAUUACAGCGUGCAUUUCUUACAGGGAGUUAUGGCACCUCUAAUAAAAGACAACACACUUUAUU